UUUAGUCCUGGCCCUCCAGAGUAUGUCAUUACCAAUGAUGUCCUAGUGUCCCGUGAAGUUUGGUGUUUGGAAGUACAAGUGGACCAUAGUGAAAGCAGGAAAUAUUUGCGAGAGGGUAAGAAUCUUGUACUUACGGUGCCUGCAUCUCAUGAAGGAACACAGAAAGCUACAGAAGACACAAAUACCUUCUACUUCCAUUGUGUGAAGGCUUGGGAGCCAGUUCUAAAAGCCAGGCUACAGAAAAUUUCUGAUAAGGAAGAUGACACAAACAAUUUAAGUGACACCUUAAAAAUACCACUGAAAUUUCUCCCUCUUGGGCAUAAAGUGAAAGUAACCCUUCCUGUAAGAGAUAAUAUGCCGCUGCAGUUGUACCUCCAACUGAAUGAUUGCACAGAAGAACUUGAUGUGCGCUUAGGAUAUGAUCUGUGCCGAGAAGAGCAGGAAUUCUUGCAAAAAAGGAAGAGAGUGGUUGCCAGUGCCCUGAAAAGGGUUUUUCAUCUGGAAAGAGAUCUACACGAACAUGAAGUCCCAGUAAUAGCUGUUAUGGCAACAGGCGGAGGCCUCAGAGCAAUGUCAGCUAUGUUUGGCCAUCUCUUAGCUCUUCAGAAGUUAAAUCUGUUGGACUGUGUUACCUAUCUCACUGGGGCUUCUGGCUCAACAUGGACCCUAGCAGACCUGUAUGAACAUGCAGAUUGGUCACAAAAGAGUCUGGAGGGGCCACUCAGAGCAGUAAAAACACAGGUGACAAAAUGCAAGCUAAACCUUAUGUCUAUGGAGCAUCUGAAGUAUUAUCACAAGGAACUUGCUGAAAGGGCAAAAGCAGGACACGUCUCAUCUUUUACAACGCUGUGGUCACUUGUUCAGGAAAUGUUUUUACAUGGACGGCCAAGGAAGUACAAACUCACAGACCAGCGCAGGGCAUUGGAGCAUGGGCAAAACCCCUUGCCUUUCUAUGCAGUCCUCAAUGUCAAAGAGGAAAAGUUCAGUACUUUCAAAUUUAGAGAGUGGGCUGAGUUUUCUCCUUAUGAAGUGGCCAUACCAAAGUACGGAGCCUCCAUUCGUUCAGAUUAUUUUGACAGUGAGUUCUUCAUGGGAAGACGAGUGAAGAAGCUGCCAGAAUCUCGGAUCUGCUAUCUAGAAGGUCUUUGGACAAACAUCUUUACUAGGAAUUUGCUGGAUGGCUUGUACUGGUCCUCAAAUUCAAAUGAAUUCUGGGAGAGAUGGGCCAAAGAUAUGGUAGAUAUAGAAAAGCAUUCUCCUGAGGAAGAUACCACUAUCAUUGAGCCUCCAUCUUGUUUGUCGGGGAAGUUGUAUGAAAUGUUUCAGGACAUUAUAACGAAACGUCCACUACUGGGAAAGUCUCAUAACUUUCUGAGAGGCUUAGAAUUUCAUAAGGAUUAUGUCCACCAGAGAAAAUUUAUUGAAUGGAAAGCAUCUGCAUUCUUGGCUGCAAUAGCACGCUUCGGCUCGCCACGCGGUGCAGCCCUCGUGGGCCGCAGCCCCUGUGUGUGGGUGCCGCCCAGCUCUGCAGCCAUAUCCGUGCCUUUAAACAGAGCAACUGCGCUGCUUGCUUUUGGUGGCUGGGAGUUGGAAGCUAGUUAG